UACAAAAACAUCUAUCGUUUCAUUUUACACUAUCGUUUGUUUCGUGGUGUCGCAAAAUAAACUGUUUACAGCAAUAUUUGUUCACGGUUUUGAUGGUCACUGUAGUGGAUAUAUUAAUUUCUUAAAGUUCUCGCUUUCUCUUAUAUUUAAUAUAACCACACUACAGACGGACAAGCGCCUGUUUUUAUGCGUUGUCGUUAGCAACAACGACGGUAAAACCACCGCGUGUCCGCUUGUUUAUUUUCCACAUAAACCUUUCACAAUAAAGCUCAAGAUCCUGUUGAGACUUUUCAAAAUAAACUGAAUCACGUGAAAGAUGCUGAGUGUUUACGGAUGAGAAGCAAAAGAGAGCCGUCAGGUGCUAAAAAAUAAACCUUAGACUCAAACGUUAGAACGGGCUUUUCCCCGCAGCACGCCGUGUAAUAAAUACAAAGAAAAAGGCGGCCGUUACAACUUAUGUCUAAAAAUGUAUCGUUUCAUGUAUCGGUUAAAACACUCGACGCGCAGCUGGAAACACUUCAAGAAAGUCGAGCUGCCCGAGAUUCACAGAAUUUACAGACGAUGUUACAUUUUUGUGAUUUAUAUCGUUAUCGGACGAUAGAUGUCUUAAUAUCGGGAUAUGAGAUUUUGGUCAUAUCGCACAGCCCUAAUCUCAUGUAUAUAUGGCUUCAAGCUCAUGUACAGUGGUGUGAUUCAAAUAUUCAGCCUUCAGACCACCAGCCACUCUAUCUCACACAGUUCUACUCAGCCUGGGUGACAGAGAGCAGCUAUCUCAUCCACCCUGUUUACAAGAGGAGCCUUUCCAAAGAUGCUGGCUGAAACGAAAGCAGAGGGGAGCUAAACCAGUCUGUCCAGCUCGUACACCCAGUAUGAGACUGGAACACAUUCGAAUAAAUAAAAAUCUAAAAUCAGGAGCAGAGAAAUGUUAUUCUGGUCAAAGAGAUUUAAAAACAGCUGAACUCUUCACUUUUGGUGAAAUGUUGAAACUGUGUUCUAAUCACAGAAAUAGACAGUUUUUAGGUUUUAAACUUUAAACUGGUCUGAAUCCAUCAUAAUGGGAACAAAAGGAUAAAAAAUCCCUUGUGAACCCAACAGAGCACCUCAGUAAAGGACGUAUAAUUCUUGUCACUGCUGCAGGCAGGCUGGCACACUGAGUCGUGUUGAUUCGUGUACAGCCAUAUUAAAAGACAUUUGAGAAAGAUGAGAUAUUCCAGUUAAAGGGCUCAAAGUUCUUGUAUUAUGAAUGACAUGAGUGUUGGAGAGUGACAGAGAGGCAUGCAGUGGGAGUUGCUUAACAAUCCUACAGGAGGAGCAGCCAGACCUGAUCCUGUCUCCAGCCUCGAGCUUUUCUGCAGCCAGCACAGCGCAGACUCCAGCAGCAGAAAGAAGAAUGGCAGAGCACACGCUUAAUGCAGAGGACAUGGCUCUAAAUAAACUGGGCGACAUAGAGGCCCGGCCUAGAAAAGCACUCCGACCUAUUGACAUGAAUCACUACGCCACUAAGAAGAGUGCGGCUCAGAGCAUGUUGGACGUGGCCUUGCUCAUGGCCAACUCGUCUCAGCUGAAGACCGUCCUUUAUGUGGGUCCACAGUAUCGUGUCUACGUCCCCCUCAUCGUGCUGCUGUCCCUGUCCAUCGCGUUACAGGUCAUAGUGGGGCUGCUGCUCGUCUUCAUUGUGAAGUGCGAUCUCAACGAUGUGAGGAAACACGCCAAACUGAACAGAAUGAAUAAUGUAGCAACAGUCUUUGUCUUCUUCACAGUUCUCAUCAACAUCUUCAUCACAGCGCUGGGAUUUCAGGGUCAUACUAUCAGCUCACCAGCCUCACCUGUUCCAUCAGUACCAGAGCGUCCCCUCUGCCCAUUGACCUGAACAGGACUGGUGCCAGUUAGACCAGACUUUGGACCAAAGCACUGAAAGCUGCUGUGGCACAGAAGCCUUACCUCUGUGUGGGCUCUGUGUUCAAAUUAAGACUUGUUUGGAGAAAAAAAAAACGUUUUUUGAAUGAACAUGAUGAAAUGUUUUGUGACUGAGACUUCAGCAAGCUGUGGACCAUCAAGUAGACCUCAUCCUCGACAAUUACAGGCCAGUCCUAUCUUAAGUUUACAGCUACAGACUGACAACCAAAUAACUUUGUGGGAAUUAACACUGCCUCAUCUUCCUUUGGGUAGAGAUGCCAAUUCCUGAAAUGCACAUACUGGACAUGGAUACUCCAACAUAUUAAAAGCUUCUGUCGUAUAAAUAUAACAUGCUUUGUUUCUUUGGCAGUGUAAGCUGCUGGUUCUUAU